UUUUUUUUUGAAGUUCGCGUAUUUUUAUUUAAUCUAUACAUUAGAUAAAAGACAAGAUGAGUACUUUAGAUAGACUAGUUGGAGGAGCUGCUUUUGCUGCUGCUAUGUUUAUAUUUAUUUAUUUUACCACUUGGACUUUUGUUACUCCUUUCUUAGAUGAAAACAGUUCACUUCAGAAAUAUUUCCUUCCUCACGAAUUUGCUAUUUAUUUACCGGCUACACUUUUAAUUGCAGGCAUUUCUGUUAUUAUUGCAUUUUUUAUCAAAGCAACUUCUCAAAGCAAGAACAAGCAAAAAGCAAAAUAAUCUAAAUUUUCUAGAGGAAAAAAAAAAUAAAAUAAACUCAUAUCUUGAUUUUAUUCUAUUAUCACAAUUCAAAAAAGUUGAUAUUUCAAAGGCAUUACUGUAUGUUUCAUAUCUAGGGGAAUGAUGGUAGGAAUGACAAUAUGAC